CCCGUUUCUGUACCACGUGUUGCGCAUGCGCAUGUAGCCUGCGCACUUUACUGGCCAAUUUAAAAAGGUACUGUCAAAAUCGGGAGUGAAAGAUUCCGCCCGUCACCAACUCAUUCGCCGCGUGUGAAUUCGUUACCGCAUCCAGUUCGCAAAUAGAAUGUGCAGUGUGAGUGUGAGUGAGUGAAAAAAUACGCAUGAAAACAGUGAGUGCAGUUUAAAUGAGGGCUGCAGGGCUGGUGCAGCGGAUGAAGAGAUAAAUCUUGGUGCGUUGACCGGGUGCAGGUUCGACGGCCGUGCUUGUAUUUGUGUCGUUGCGUAUAAACGGUACACUUCGGGUCAUUAGAUACUACGGUUUUCUCCAAGACGCCAACCGACCGAUAUGCGAAGUCUUUCUCUGGAUAGUUACACUAAGAAACCGAGAGAAUACUCAAUUUGGACGGGUUAUCACAAAUGAUCAGUGGGACUAUUGUUAAAAACUAAAGGAAAGUGCAAUCAGUGAUAAAAAAAUUAACAAAGUGCCCAAUAAAGUGUAACGCCAAAGUGAUGUUAAAGUGCUAAAAGUGUGGAAGUGAGGCCCUAACCGUGAUGAUGUGAUUGUGAUGUGAUAAUGAAACGGAGCAAGUCGUACACGUGGCUGUCGGGUCUGCUGAAGAUGAAGUCGGAGGAGCAGGACGAGGAGUGGGGCGCCGUCCCCUGGGUCCGCGCCGAGGUGCUGCAUGACAGGCCCGUCUGCAGAAACUGUGUCGUGUCACCCACUGGCUCCUCCCCACCGCCACUCCACGAGCAGACGUCAUCACCACCGCCUCCAGCGCCAUCAUCACCGAUCAACUCUUCAAGACUCUUGCCCUCCCUUCCAUCACCACAACCGAGCCACAGCGGCUCCUCAGUACCUAGCCAAUCGAAUUCCCCCCACCCGUACUCAUACCCAAACUUUCGGAGACACCAACCAGCUCAGAAUCAAACUUACCCAGAGUAUAACCUUCUGCACAGUCACAGCGUGUCACAAAUCAACCAGCCCGGUCACAAUCAUCAAUCUCCACAAUCUCCCCAAUCAGCCAUGUCGUUAUCACCCCAUCCCGUUCCCCAGGGGAAGUUCAGGGGGUUGUUGGAGCAUGCUGAGAGAUUGAUGAAGCCUGGCGAUCCCCACAGACAUUCACAGUCUGAUGAUGACUCAGGGUGUGCUUUGGAGGAGUAUACUUGGGUCCCGCCUGGAUUAAGACCAGAACAAGUGCACCUGUACUUCUCGGCUCUCCCAGAAGACAAGGUUCCGUACGUGAACAGCGUCGGUGAACGGUACCGACUCAAGCAGCUGUUACAGCAGUUGCCACCGCAAGACAACGAGGUUCGGUACUGCCACGCGCUUUCAGACGAGGAAAGAAAGGAGCUGAGGUUGUUCAGCGCGCAGCGUAAGCGGGAUGCCUUAGGCCGGGGACAGGCGAGGCAGCUUCACGCGCCGGCGCCGUGUGAGAGGUGCGAGGAGUCCAUGUCAGCAGGAGACAUGUGCGUGUCAGCGGCAAGAGCUGGACCUUCGGCGCGCUGGCACCCCGCCUGCUUCGUCUGCUCCACCUGCCAAGAACUACUGGUCGACCUGGUCUACUUCUGGAAGGACGGGCUGUUGUACUGCGGCCGCCAUCACGCUGAGAAGAUGAAGCCCAGGUGUUCAGCUUGUGAUGAGAUCAUCCUAGCAGACGAGUGCACAGAAGCGGAAGGACGAGCGUGGCAUAUGAAACAUUUCGCCUGCGCGGAGUGUUCAAGACAACUCGGCGGGCAAAGGUAUAUCAUGAGAGAAGCCCGGCCUUACUGCUUGCCUUGCUUCGAUAACUGCUUCGCGGAGUACUGCGACGCCUGCGGAGAACCAGUGGGUGUGGAUCAAGGCCAAAUGUCACAUGAAGGACAACACUGGCACGCAACUGAGAGAUGCUUUGCCUGCCAUACGUGCAGAGCGAGUUUACUGGGUCGCCCAUUCUUACCACGCAAAGGGGCUAUCUAUUGUUCCAUAGCGUGUUCAAAAGGUGAGCCACCGACGCCUUCCGAUUCUUCAGGUCCUGGACCUCGACCGCCAAGAGUGCCUCGACCGAGAAGAGCGCCUUCUCCGAAGUCGCCUCCACGAACGCCACAAAGAGGUCCUUCACCUCAACAUAUAGAUGCAGAUUCCGAGCCAAGUGUCUCCCUAUGUCCAGAAUCCCCUCCGCCUCAUCCCCCGCCACCGCCACAUGCUUGCCUUAGCCUAGACAGAGCGUUGGCAGAUCUAAGAUUAGAACAGUCCAUGACUGAACACCAAAUACAACCUACGCCUACUUCUGAAGAUCAUGUAGAAGAAGAAUCGCCUGAGGAUUGGAAGCCGCCGCAUCCUGUCGAAGCUCAAGCGGUAGUUACUCCGGGGCAUUCUUCAUCAAUGCCGGAGUUAACGUUAGUUGAUGGAAAGAAAUCUGCGAGGAAACCUAGAGGCGGGAGAACGGUUCGGUUUUGCGGUGACGACAACGAAGCAUUCGAACCUGACGAGCCUGUAAGAAGACAGAAGGUGAGAGACGACGACGCGAGCAGCUACUGCAGCACAUGUUCUUCCUCGUCCUCGUCAGCAGAGUCCUAUACACUACCGACUAGGAGAGCAUACGGCGGCGUUAGGAUAUCAUACAUUCCCAACGACGUGGUCGCGUGUGCGAAACGUGAACGACAGAGGAAGAAUGCUCAAAACGACAAGAACUGUAUCAUCUCGUGAUCUUGGGUUCUUAUAGUGCCUCAAAGUCCCUCCUAGUGACACAACCUCCGAUACGAAGACUGACUCAAGUAGUUUAGCCACUGAUCGCCAUAGUAUUGUAAGAAAUGUUAGUGAAAAACGAAUUGUCUUCCUUUAUGAUAUCCCAUUAUCUUCGCCGAAUGGUGCACUACAAAAAAGGGUGUAAGUAACAAAUAAUAUUUAUGUAAUAAAACCAGGUGUGCGGCGGCAUGCGAUCGCAGCAUGACAGUAAUCGUGUUGUGACGUCCACACGAGCGUAAUGCAUUCCCUAUCUAUAUAAAAGACUUACCUUAUGAAUAGAGAUUUCGACAAAUUUAUAUCCGAACGCAUAAUUUGUAGUUAAUCGUUUCUAAAUGUGACGUUCCAUUCAUACAAUUCCACACCUUUUCACGUCACACGGAAGGGUUGAAUCAUCGCACCGCUGUUUUUUCUUUGUAAAAGUGUUGUUGAGGCCUAAGUUAGUGAUCUGAUAUUGUAAGUACAUCAGCUUUAACUUAUCCGGGAGUUUAAUAUAUAAAUUAUUAAUCGACAUGUUUAAAAAAAAAAUACCAUAUCUUAUUCAUUAAAUGAUUAAUUUAAAACAUAUCCCACUUUGCCACUUAGAUUAGUGCUAACUGUAAGUUAUUUAAGUGUAAGUUAAGUUAACGUUUUGUAAAUGUAAAACGAAAUAUAAGUACAAAGAGGCGAUGUAUUAUUUUUUAAUUCACCUAUUUUGAAAAA